UAAUAUUCUUUAUGACCUAAGUGCGAAGAGUAUAUUAGUUUGUAAUAUGUUUUCAUGUUUACAAAAGUUCUUCGUGAAGAUGGAGGUGAUAUAAAGUAACCAGAAGAUUUUUAUGUUUUUUUUUUUGGUUGAGAAAUGGAAAGCGAAGAUUUCGUAAGAGCAUACAUAUUUCUUGGUUUCCUCGCUCUUCUCAUCUGCAUGUUAAUAUAUAUAAAUAUUCGAAUUCAUAAUUGUCACCCAAACGAGGGAAAAAAGAAAAACUUGGAGAAUGAACACAGCAGUGAAGAUGAAGAAUUUACUCCAAGACACUUACUUCACAAACGUAGUAAAAAAACACAGCAAGCUGUCAAGAACGAUUUGAAGUCUUUGCCUAACAGAGAGAAAGUCGUCAAAGAUGAUUUAAAGUUUACUAAAUCGGAAACUAACGAAGAUAGUCAACCUCUUCUGAGCGGGAAAACGAGAAGCGCUGAAGACAAGGCUGGAUAAGCAAGUCAACAAGGAUUUAGAACUGUUUCGCUUUUCUCAGAGCAUAUUUUUUUACAUUUGAAAG